AUGGAUUUGCCCGAUCCCAAUUUCCCAAAGAACGUGGAGGAGCUCCAGGCGCUUGAAGCAUUUCUCACUGGGGAAGGCCGUCCUAGCGACCCGUCGGAAGGUUCUGGAUACGCUACAUGCGCUGGGCAAUACGAGAGCAAGACGCUCCUCUUUGAUCAUUGCUGCGAAGUGCUGAAUACCUUACUGGGGCGCUCUGGGGACGCUGCUCUCAAACGGGGCCAUCUCGGGCCCAAGGUCAAUUACAUCCACAAAUGGGUCGACGAACUAUUCAGGUUAGCUGCGAAGGAUCUCAGAGAUAAGACUAGAGAGCUGCCCAACAAAAUCGCGAAGAACCCGAGCAAGAGGAGAGAGUUACUUAGUAUCCUGCGAGAGCGCCAAAAAGCAGCCUCGGUGCAUCCUUGUCCAUCGGUGUAUCAAGAACCAUCGUAUAGCCAGCCUUCGCUCCGCGGCGAUGACUUGCCUCAGCAACGAGGAUCUGUACUGGCUCGGGGGAAACAGGGGAAGCUUGACACUUCAGACUUGUUCGGUCUAGGCUACGGUGAACAUGACAUGCACCUCCUGGCCAAUGGUCAACAUUUCCUAGGGCAACGCCAGCAGCUAUACCCAAUGCAAGUUCGAAUCUCCAAACCCGCCGCGUUCAGUAAUGGCAAUGCGGCGACCGGCGCUGCGAGGUCUGCCUCUGGUUCCUGCCAACAAGUCGAAAUUUCAACCCGGGAUGCAAUACAACUUCUCAACGCAGGAGGGACACCAUUAAGCUAUCAUGCCCAGCUCGAUGGCACGGUAACUGCUGGCAUGACGGCUAUGGAUCAACAAGCAUCGACGGCGAUACUGCUACCUCCAGUUGAAAUCAAACAGGAAACCUCACAAGCUACAGGUCUGCCUUCUACUUCCAAGCGAAAGUACGACGGUCUGGAUACUAGUUCUUGUUCAAGCCAACUUCAUGCUCAGGAUCGCCCCACUGGCAUGAAACAAUUAAAAUUGGUUGCCGCCCCUAAACCCCAACGUGCAACUGCCAAACGCAUAUACGAUGCUCUUGAUCCGACGCCUGGCUCAAGUCGCCUAUCUACCGCCGACGAGCCUCCUCCCAAGAGACAGAAAGUAGUCCCUACACCGGCGCCGAUAUAUCCGUCUGAUUUGCCCCUCCCUCUGAAUCACGACUCGCCAGGUCCCAGCGACUAUCUGACCCCUUCGACUACGCUCAUCGGGCUCGGCUCAGCAUUCUCUUCCCGGGUGGGGUCACCUUUCCCUCCGCAAACGCCUGGGCCCCAAGAGUUGUCCGGUAAAGGCUCGGUGUAUGGCACGCCGAUGUCGUUGAACACUAGGAUUGGCACCCCAGCUUCAUUCUGCGAGAGUCGUUCGGAUUGCAAACCGAAGCGGGGGAUGCUGGCCGACAGAGGUUUGAAACCACUGACCGUGAAUACGCAGCUAGGAUUAACCGUUCGUGAAGAGCCUUCCCAACCCCUAUCCGGCUCAGCCCCACCUACCGUGUAUCAGCACAACGUUCCACCUAUGCCACAGGUUGCCUAUCCUGGCUCGGCUCCUGCUACAAAAACCAGCUAUCCCCCGGAGGUGACGAGCUCAGCCGGUCCUGACGUUGAAGGCACUUUCCCGAAUGGAAACAUGGAUUCAGCCUUAAACAUGGAGUCGUUAUUCAAACCACCAGCUGAAGGUCCUUUUAAGCCGGAAGACCUCGAGUCAUUCACAGCGCAAAUUGACGAGCUCUUUGGACGGCCGCCCUCUCGUUCUCUUCCUCCUUUGGUUAUUCCACCUCCCAGUGGUGACCACGACAUUCUUUUUGAUGUCGUGCCGCCCACAGUUGGCCCCGAUGGUGAGGAUCGCAUACCAGGGACUGAGGUUGGCAACAUCGAUACCUCGACAAUAGCUUCUGGAAACGAAGACCCCGAGGCUUCCAGCAGCACACUGCCUCCGCCACCAGCGGAGCAACAAGGGUAUUCCACUUCUGCCGGUGCUCCAGGGGACGACCAAGGCAAUUGGCAGAUAGACCCUCGAACUCAAUUCCUGUCACAGGCUUGGUUGGUGGCGGAGGAGAUGUUCGCAAAUCACCCUCACACAACACAACGCGUUGAUGAUGAUUUGAACUCGGUUUGGGCGCUCACCCGCCUGUUGGCCACCGACGAAGCCGCGUGGAAUGACUGGAUUCGGAUGGGACAGCGGUGCGCUAGUGGUCUUCACGAUCGCAUACAAGCAUUACCAAGUGUCGCUCUUUAUCGCUAG